AUGCCCUCAGCACUGAUUUUGAUGGCAGAUGGGACCGAGGAGAUGGAAUUCACGAUCCCCUAUGAUACUUUCGUCCGCGCUGGAAUCUCCUGCACUUCUGCAUUUGUCCCUGCACCCGAUACCGAUGGUUCUGAGCCCCACGCAGUCAGCCCUCCCUUCUGCAAAGGUUCCCGAGGUAUCAAUAUUCAGCCAGAUACCUACCUAGAGAAACACAAAUGCGGACCUGAUCAUUUCGACCUGCUGGUGAUCCCAGGGGGAGCUAAAGGAGCCGAAACGCUUUCCCAAUCGUCGGUGGUACAAGAACUUGUCAGAGACUACCUCGACCACGACAAAUUCGUGGGUAUGAUAUGUGCAGGUAGUCUAGCAGCGUCGACUUCGGGGCUCCCAAAACAACGACUAACCUCUCAUCCAUCUGUGAGGACGCAGCUUGAGAAAGAUUUCGACUACUCUGAGGAUUCCGUCGUGAUUUCAGGGAAGUUGGUGACGAGCCGUGGACCAGGAACGGCAUUCCCCUUCGCGUUCACGCUCGUAGAGCUAUUGUGUGGUAUAGCAAAACGCGAAGAAGUCCGUAGCCCAAUGAUAUUCCCUCUUUCGACCCCAUUUUGA